GGCAGGACGUACAUCGGCUCGGCUCUCGGGGUGUUAGAGAGAGAGAACGCUGUAACCCCCCUUUCGUCGCUUAUAGGUGUACCGUUGCAAUAAUAGUGUUGAAAAAGUGAUUACUUGUGUGAGGAAGUGUUUUGUGCUAAACCAUGUGAUCGUGGAAAAAUUGUUUAGUGUGUUUCAACGAAAAUCCAAGCAGGAUAAAUAUUGAUUUUGUUUGUGGUAGGAGCGUGUUAUAAGGGAAGUGAGCGCGGGAGAGAGAUACAGAGUGAGAGAGGUCACACAAACACAGGAUUUGGCAUGUUCUAGGCAACCUCCUCGAUCAAGAUGAUGCCCCCAGCGUUGCAUUUACUCCUCGUCGUCGGAUUAACGAGCUUCCAACGGGCGGAAAGUUACGGU